CCUAAAACAGUGGGUAUACAAUCCGGUGGGGAUUGUUAUGUUGGUAAUAGUAAAAGACAAGUCCGAGCCCCUUUGGUUGGCUCCAUCUCUUGUAUAAAGCGAGGCUUUUGGUUCGGACAAUCAUCACCCACAUCUUUUCCGAAACCCCAAGCAGCCAUGGAAGUGGUCAUAUCUUCAGCUCCCACAAUAACCUCCUCCCCCCUCGAUCCAAACGCCCCCUUGUUCGUCCCAAUGUUCUUCCGUACUGUGGAGGAUUUCUCCGAUCAGUGGUGGCACCUCGUCCAUUCUUCCCCCUGCUUCCGCCACUACUGGCUCCGCGAGUGCUUUCAAGAUCCCCAAGCCCUGGAAGAUCCCCAUCAGAACGCUUUCUUUGACGAUCAACUUCUGUUUCAACUAUGCUCACAGAAUGCAUUAGAGGAGGAGGAGGAGGCGGCUGGGAAGUAUCAUAGGGAAUUGGUGACUAUGGGGGCGUUGAAAUGGCGACGAGAUUCGGGCUGGGCAGAACUACCGAGGUAUGCUCAGAAGGUUCCUAAGAUUGCCAAGGUCAGGAUGGUCAGUCCGCGGACCAUUCAGCAGCCGAGGUAGACUCUUCUUUCUCGGAGCCCUCGCUCUCAACCCCGUCUGUACAGUGACACUCUCAUCUCGGCCUUUCUUUUCUCCGCUUGAUGUAUUACCUGUAUUUAGCAUUAAAUAAAACGACAAGCUUGAUCUUGGCCGUCGUUAAGACUCUGAAUGAAGUCAAGUUCCUUUUUAUGUUGGUAAAAACUGAAUAUUAUAACGGUAUCCUGCUGAAGAAGGCGAAAGAUGGCAGGAUUAUGUGCAUCUAAUCUCUUCAAAGAUACUACUAGUGCCUACUACAGAUUUUUCACUGAUUGUAUCAUGUCGCGCCUGCAGAGUCAUUUGUAAUAUAGAACUGAGAGUUGAUCGUUGAGGGUUCAAUUUGACGUGAAUUGGUC